AUGUCCCCUGCAACGCCUAAGCGCAGAACGUUGGUUAACCUUGGUCAUGGAGGGUCGCUGAGCGAACCUAUUGUGACCAGUACCCCCCGCUCAAAGUUGAACGCUACGAACAUCGACGACACGACGACCCAACUUCGCUUGGACAUUGCUCGGUUGAUGAAUUCUGAGAUCGUCGUCUGCAAUGUCGAAGAAUUCAUAAAAUAUUACAUGCCUGGAUAUGACAAGGACACUGUUGACUUUGCACUGAGAUAUUUGGCCAGUGUCAAGAGGGAGGACAGAACUACUGUUCUUGUGCCUCGCAAAUACUUGGUGCGGACCCAUGAUGGUUUCGAGGAAGUUCGAGUGGAAGCAGAGGAUGCCGAGGAGGAAAGUGACGAGGAGCAGAGUCCAGAAGAUUCGGAUACGGAGGAUGAGUCGCCCUCUGAUAAUUUGAGAAAAGAGGAAAGAGAUGUAGACGGACAGUCUGGGCCAACUUCCCCCUUUGAUGGGACCUCAGGGAAAGAGAUCGAAGACGAAGAAUAUCCAAACGACUUCAAGGAUGACGAAGACGACACAGAUGCACCUGGCACUUUGGACACACUCGUCUACUCCCAUGUGCUUCACGAUUUCAGGUACAAGCCAUCUCUGGUAAAGAAAGAGUACCUCAAGAAGAAGAAACGGGGCCACAGGGUCGUCCGAAAGGUCAAUGAGGCCACACUUUUCAACACCUUAAGGGGCAUUGGAAGCGCCAUUCGCUCGUGCCUCGAGGAGAAGGGAGUUAGAAUGAAUGGCUACACCAUUCGCAUCUGUGGAAACUCCACUAUGGAUUCGACAAUCCCCGGUUGUGAUCAACGGAUCGAUGCUGGUCUAACCCAGAAGGAAGGGAGGGGACUGGCUGUUUCGGACGUGAUUGUCCCCUUUGAAUUCAAGGUUGAUUGUACAAAUGCAUUGAUCUACCAGAACCGCCGCCAGCUGCUGUCGCAUGUCAAUCACGCGAUGACCGAUGAUCCUCGACGAAACUUUAUGUUUGGUGUUACCAUAGAGGAUGACAUGGUCUCCUUAUGGUUUUUCUCCCGAUCGCAUUCCGUGAAGGCGACGGUCUUCAGUUUAGUCGAGCGACCUGACCUUCUUAUUGGGAUCUUUGUCUUUCUGUUCUGUGCUACGGACAAACAGCUCGGCCUUGACCCUCUUGUCACGCUGAUCGAAGGAAAACAUUUCCUUUAUCAUUUACCCCCCAACGAAACGAGGAUUAGGUCCCAAUACUAUCUGACCUCAGACUGCAUCUCUGAGUACCGCCCCUUGCGUCUCAGGGGACGCGCAACCCGGGUUUGGAGGGUGAAACAGGUCAAAUCGGCCACUGACCACAGGCGUGUGGAUGGAACAGCAGACAUGAUACUGAAGGAUGUUUCUGUUAGCUCCGAUGCGCCCACCGAGAACUUCAUCCAGAGCUGUAUUUUCCGGGACAUGGCCAACUUCUCGAGGGAUCCAAAUUGGCGCGCACGCGAUAUAUUGCGGGAUUGCACAGAGGAGGAGUUGGAUGAAAUUGCGGGUGCGCUCGAAAGGGAGAAAUUCAGGAGCUUCUUCUCCUGUGUGACUGAAUAUCAUAUUGGUACCUCAGGUCCCUUGGUCAUUCCCAGUGCUUGGAGAAUCCCGGCAAUCUUUGUCGAGCCAAAGAAGCAAUCUCAACGAGACAGCAAGGUCCAUGCUAAUCCGGGUCCCCAAUCGACGAAGGGAACUUCUAUGCAACCUUGCAGUCAAGUGAAUCCAACUCCUGCUGUCGACCAUAUACCUCAGCAAGUUCUUGUACCCAGGAAGCAAUGUCGGUACGUCUACGGUGAGGUCUACACGCCACUCAAUGAGAUUCAGACUCUUGGUGAGGCUAUUGACGUCUUAAAGGGCUGUAUCAUGGUGCUUCGGCUCAUGUUCUGUGUUGGAUGGGUUCAUCGUGACAUAAGUGACAGUAACAUCCUGGCUGCGCGAACAGGUCCCAACGGUCUUUGGAGAGUGAAGCUAGCAGACCUCGAGUAUGCAAAGAGGUUUCCGUCUAAUCGCGCUGCGAGCACCACACCCAAAACGGCUUCGCAAGAUUUCCUUGCGUGCGAGAUUUUGUCUUCAAGACGCAUUCUGGCUCAAGUCAACACUGGGCGAAGAGGGGGAGCAGUCCCGGUUGUUUCUUCACCCCAGGUAGUAACACUGGUUCACAAUUUCGUGCAUGACUUGGAAGCUAUCUGGUGGAUACUGCUUUGGCUGAUCACAAAGCGUGUAAAGCAACUCGGCCUUGAAAGAGACUUUGUGGAUACUCUCUUUGGACAAGAGACGGGCAAACUGGACGUCAAUAGCGCUUCCAAUCGGUGGAAUAUUUUCACCCUAGCCGAAUCCAUCGCCAAGCACAACGACGUGGUCAAAGCCCUCCCCUCUCCACUACGCUCCAACUUCAUCGCCGUGAUGGACCUUCUACGAGUUGAUCUCCAAGUCGACUACCAAAGGCAGCAUCGAGAACGCAAUUACCAUGACCCCGGAAGUUACUCUUGGGUUGUGAAUGUACCAUUCAGAGCCUUUUUCAACGAUAUCGAAGGAGAUAGGGACCAGUGGGCAGGCGUUAGGCUGAUCUUAGAGUCGGAGUUGAAACAAGAAAGGAAAGGGAAAAUGAAAGAGGAACCCUUGUUCACCCGAGAAGGCCCCGAGCAUGGCCAACCAGUGUCCCAGAUUCUGCAGAAACGCAAGUUCUCAGAGGACACAGUUUCGGAGGAUCAGCUUGAAAAGGAUGCCACCAUCUCACCCGCAGUCGUCGGCGACCUGAAGGGACGAGAAGCAGGAACUUCAAUCAGUGGAAAAUUGGAUGGAGAGCAAGACAAGCGCGCGGCAAAGCGCAUUCGGCAUUGA